CCGAAACCAAUCAAAUCAGUCCCAUUAAAGCGACAUCGAAGGAACUCUGUCUUUUUGUCUCUGUUCUUACACUUUAUUUUCUCUCUUUCUCUCUUCCUUUUCUCUCUCAUUUUCUUUUUUUUUUUUUGAAAUCUUUUUUUUCCAUCAAAUGUGGAGAAAAUUCACUCCCUAAAUUUCCACAUUCUCCCGCACUCUCACGAUUAGGUAAUUUGAGCUAUUUUACUAAGAGAAAUGAGCAAAGAAAGGCCUCCGGAGCCCCUUGAUUUCUUCAUUUGGACUGUUGAGGAUGUUGGUUUGUGGUUGGAAGAGAUAAAUCUGGGUAAUUACCGCCAGAUUUUCAAAGAAAAUGGUGUCAAUGGAGAAUAUCUGGAGGGCAUGUCUAUGUUCACUACUGAACAGAUUCUGCGGUUUAUAAGGCGAUGCCACAUGAAAUGGGGAGACUUCAUCACGCUGUGUAAGGAGCUCAGACGAAUAAAAGUUGCUUGCCUAAAAGGAGAGCAAAAAAUUCGGAGGCCUUGGUGGGCUCCAUCCUGCCUCUCUGUAGUCUUUAUUAAGGUAGCAAAACGCAAUAGACAGUCACGAGUUGUUUCCUUGAAGCUGGAACCCUGAAGCAAGAUCGUAUGUGUAUGUAAUUGUACUUAUGUUUUUUGUUUAGGGAACAGAAAAGUAGAGAACUCAACUUUUGUCUUCAAUCUGGCAAGGUGCUGGUGGAAGUUCUUGAAUUGAGAACUUCCUUUCCUAUACAAGCUUUUUUGUUUU